CGGCCGGGGACGAGUGUGCCGGGGUCUCCUUACACAGAGGUCCGCCGCGGUAGGAGGCAGGGAUCCGACAGGAAAGUUACAUCUGUGUGUCCGCUGUGGGCAGCGCGAGCUGAAUUCCAGGAAUUGGUUCUCACAGCCUUUCAUCACGAUAUUUGCUGAUCUAGAAAGUUCCGAGAAGACAGACACGUAACCAUGCCGCCUCGCCUGUACACGCUGUGUCUCGAGGUGCUGAUUCCGCUGGUGGAGAGAAUUGGGGAUGGCCAGGACUUCGGACACGGGACAGGUCCUCUAGACAGCGUGGCCGGGGCACUAACCGACGACCUCCUGCUGAGAGCGUACCACAGAGCGUCCCGGUGCCGAUCGGCUGGAUGCUGGAAGGACGCCUGGAAGACGCUCCUGACGCCCAAGUCACAGAGCGUCGUGCUGAGCUGGGACCGCAGUCUCCUGCAGUUCGUGAAGACCAGAUGCCAGAAUACGAAGAAGGUGCUGGUGUCGCGCUGGGACAGCUUCGAACCCGAGUCCCUGUCCUGGCUGCCCUCGACAGUCACUUGUCUCGACUUUGACGGUGAGCUCUUCUACAGAGGUCGUCUGGGUCCCGCCCUGGACUUCCCGUCCGAUGCAGGACAGAGGGGAUGGCUGCCGGAAGCAGAAGCUAUGUUAAAGGCGCUCCAUGCUGCGCGCCAGAAGCAGCCCGGCGCCGCCUCCACGGGCCUCACAGAACUGCACCUGGGCGCCGUGCAAGUCACCGCGACAGACAUAUGCACCAUCCUAAGGAGAGUCCCGACGCUGCAAAUGCUGCGACACUACCAGCUCGUCACGGCGCUCAACCUGCUACACGGAGAGCAAUGGCGACACAAAGAGCCUUUGCCCAAGUACCGACUUCGAAACCUAGACGUGGACUUCUCUCACGUUGUUCGAUGUAGGAUGUCGCCACAAGCAGUACUGCCCCCGGACGUCCUGCAGCUCGCCGUGCUGCUGUGUCCUGAGGCUUGCCUGCUUCACGUCCGGUUCGACUGCUCCACGUCCCACGACGUGCUCUCGCCCCUGACCUGUAUGCAGCACGCCUUGCGAUUGCUGAGUGUCGUGUGCGUCACGAGUGGCGAACGCAGUCGCCUCACCUUCGACGACGUGGCCCCGAUCUUGGAGCAGCACGGCGCAGAUGCCCUGCGGUCCCUCGAGCUCAAGGUUAUUGAGGAAGUGGACGUCCACGUGAUCCUCUCCACGUGCCCGAAGCUGGAGCGCUUGGUUCUGAGCGGAUGUGGCAACGUGAUGCCCCCCACGUGUCCGGGGUACGACUGCGCGGUCCUCAGGCUCCGGAGGCUACGGUUCCUCUUCUUCGCGGACGGCGACGACUUCAGCUGGGACCAUGACGUUCCCCCGUGCUUCUGGCGGGCGACGCUGGCUGCAGGACACGGGGGCCGUCUGGAGGGCCUGUUCCUGGAGUCGCCCCGAAUAGCGCCGGGCACCGCCCUCAAGCACCUCCCGGGGCUGGAGGUCCUGAGUCUGUGCCGCUGUCCUGAGGUGACGCUGGGCGACGUGGUGACCGUCUGCGGGCUGGAUAAGGCGUCGGCACGGCCUCCGCGCUACAUCCGCCUGUCGGCCUGCGAGGGAAUCGGGCCGCGCGAACAGCGCCGCCUCAGGGCCAUGCUCAAGGGGGCCCACCUCGCUGUCAACUGAGUGGUAACUAUGUGUACCAACGCAGUGCAUCUGUAUGCGGCCGCACGAUUCUCACAAUAAACAGCAUUAACCGGU